CAUUAUUAACUGUAGAUGGCUCUUUCUGCGUAGUCGGCGUAAAAUUCAUUUUAUGGUGGCGGAAAAAGAUAAACAUUGCUGAAUAAUUAUACCUCACGUCAUUAUGAUGGUUACUAAUUGCUGGAAAAUAAUAUACACGACUUUCGAAAAUAUUUAUGAAAAUUCUAGAACUUCUUUCAUAAUUUUUUAAUUGAAUUCUUUUUAUAAAAAUGGGGGUUUUGUUUUCUCGAUUUCGAUCUAAAGCAUCAACUAAAGAUUUGCUGGAUGAUAUCCAGAAAGAAAUUGAUUCUCUUUUGGAAUACAAACACAGCACGGAACUACAGCAAAAAACACUGAUACGAUCUUUAGUUUUUUAUUCAGUACUAUUUUAUAUUAUAAUUGCGGGUUUUUUCCUGUUUUAUUCAUACCCAAUCACUACAAAAGAUAAACUAGUUUAUGCCAUUCCUUUUCUCAUAUUCCCAAUUCUGUUGUAUAUUUUGAAAAAAUUUCUCCAGUGGUAUUUUGUUCAAAAAAUUCGUAGAAAUGAUGAGAAUUUAUUUGAUUUGAAGAAAAGAAAAAAGUCUCUUUUAGAGUUUGCAAUGGAGACUGAAACAUAUAAAGUUGUGAAGGAAUUGUUGGAAAAAUAUGAUCCAGAAUAUCAUAGAAAGGUUUUUGAACCAAGACCUGCAAUUCAAGCAGCACCACAAUUAUAUAGAGGUUCUUUUACAGAACUUGAUUUAAGGCGUCGAAACACAUCUCCUAAACAGCCAUCUCCUCCUAUAGCCUUAGGAAACACUGCUGGAAAAACGAUUACAGUUAACAACACAGCAGGUGCUCCAAAUAUUUUUCCUAUGUUUACAGCCAGACCCCCUACUAACCAACCUUACCCCCCUGCAUAUUUUCAAAGGCCUGGCCCAAGAUUCGUGAGGCCUCCAAUGCCACCUAUGCCAAGGCCUGUUUUACCUCGGGAAAGGACCAUAGUAGAUCGCUUAGUCGAUUAUGUUGUGGGAGAUGGUCCUUCAAAUCGAUAUGCUCUCAUCUGUCGGCAGUGCCUCUCUCACAAUGGAAUGGCUCUAAAAGAAGAGUUUGAGUACAUUGCUUUCAGGUGUUGCUACUGUUUUCAAUUUAACCCACCUAGAAAUCAGCAACCACCCCCUCCAAAACUGACUUUGCCUGCUCCUACAGCUCCCCCAGCAAUAGAAGCUCCUUUAUCUGGAAGGUCAUCUACUAGUGGGGAUGAAACCGAUGCUGGGAACAUUAGUGAUAACGAUAGUUCUCCUAUCAUUACACCGCAGGAAACGAGUGUUGCAGAUGAUAGUCAAGAAUUUACUCAUGAUUUAACUAACCAAAGGCUAAGUAUCAGCUCAGAUGUAUCUGAAAUACAAGCUAACUUAGUUGAAGAUUUACCCCAAACUUCGCCUGAUAAAAAAGAUGAAAGUUCGACUCACGAGGAAACAUUUGAAGCAGAAUCUUGAAAGUAUCACUUGAGUGCUUGCUUACUUGCUGCCAAAUUGCACAGAGAAAUAUUUUUUUAAAUUUCUCAAAAUAGCAAAAAUCUUUUUAUGAAAUUUUUCACUUGAAGUGUUUGUUAUGAAAACGUUUUAAAAAAAAGUAAAUUAUUUUUUCAACCUUUGCUACAAGAAUCAGUUUAAUCCCGUGUUUUUAACCUGACAUUUAUUUAAUAAUGGGGUAGGUUUUUCUGCUAGUGUUUUUAAAUUUAGAUACCUAUUUAAUUUUUAACUUUAAUGUAUAUGAUAUAAAUUUAUUCUCUGCAGUAAUAUCAUAUUGUAAGGCUGCAUUUGUUUAACGUCACUAAAAUGUUUUUUUAAUGCAUUGAACUCUCGCUACUACGAUAUUCAAUACAACAACUCCCUUUAUUACAAUAAUUUUUAGUGGUCCCAACAAACUUGCAUCUGAAUCAAUGUCAUGCUCCUCUCAAUAUUACGAUAUUCUCUGAAGCAAUAAACCCCUUUAAAACGAUUUUUUUCUUCCAAAUUUCAACUUUAUUUUCUCCAUUUAUUAUUUGUUUUCAAGUAAUGUUUAAAAAAAAUCUUAUUUUAUCAUCUUUUGCCAUCUUUUCUGACAAGACUAACUCCUGACCACCCCCAAGAGUUACAUUCUUAGAAUUGCCUCCCCAAACUCUUAAGAAAUCACAGGUGUAACAUUCCUAUUUGAUUUCAUUUCCUUUAUGAUAAAAGCUGAUCAUGAGUCACAAAUGACCACAAGCAUCACAUUAACACCUGAAAGAGAAUUUUUUCUGUAGAGGGUGGGUUGAGUACCAUGAACAAACGAAAAUAAUUUUCGUGUGUUGGCUUCAAUGCAUACUUUGUUGGUUGACUUGAUAGUAAAAAGAAAAAAGAAUAAACAAACAAAAAUAUCAGAUUAUUUUCAAUAAAAAUGGUUUUCAGGUAUUUUUACAAUUUAAUUUCCGAAUUUAUUUCUGUUGUUUUUAACAUUUAACCAAAAUUAAUACUCUGCAAAUUAAUUUUUUAUAUAAUAUAUAAAUAUAUUUAUAGUUAAUACAUAUUACACAGUAAAGUUUAAAAAAAAUCUUAUUGUGCCCCCAAAGUAUGUAGGCCCUCGAUAUAACAAUAUGUCCCUCUAUAACAAUAUAUUUAUUUGAUCCCCAAAAUAUUGUUGUAGAGAGGUUUUACUGUAUUUAUUAACUUAUGAGUAUAGAUGCAAAAUUUAUCUCUGUUUGCAAUCUUAGUUUGUUAUGUAUUUUCUCAUCUAGAUUAAAAAUAGUAUUUAUUUUUAAAUUAUAGUGUAAAUAAUUUAGCGUUGUUAUUCUUUUUGUAUUUUGAUUAUGAACAUUUUAUGUUUUCAGUUUUAACCUAGUUUAUGAUACAAGCGUUUCAAAAAGUAUAUGAGUUAAAAAUAAAAUUGUGUUCACAAAAACACAAUGUUUCAUUUAAGUAUUUGUAUCUUAAGUGAAUGUCUUGUGUGCCACUUCAAAAUAUUUCAGGAAUUCUAAUCUCAGAAUUUUAAUAGAAUGUUUUUUAUCCCAUGUUAUUAAAACAUGUAUUUAUUAGUACAAAAAAAGAUAUUCAUCGUUUAUUACAUGUAGAAACCACUAAUUUAAAAAAAAUUAUGAAUCAAUUUACAAAAACUGCUUCAAAGGUUUUUAAACUUUAUAAAAAUACUUCAUUAUGUGUUGAUAAAUAAGAAAAGGAAAUUAUAGGUUCAUAUCAAUAUUAAAUCAUUGCAAUUGUAAUAUAUUUAUGUAUCAGACAAAUACCUUUAAUCGAUGUUUUAUGUGUCACAUAAAUAAACUGUUUCCUUUAUUUAAAUCUCAGAAUCAGUAUUUAUUGUUACAAUAAUAUUUUAUUCAUUAUGAAUAAACUAAUUUUUAGACAUUUAUUGUUACAUAACAUUUAAUAAAUUUUUUUAAGUUAAUACAUAAUAAACAUAAAUAUGUUAUAUAUAACCCAAAUAUGAUAUUUACUUUUACUUAUUAAAAUAAAAUAUUUUGUAUUCCAAUAAAUGAAGAAUGGAUAAUUAUUUUUAUUAGUAUUUUCUAUACCAGUUUUUAUAUCUAAUCAAUAAAGUAUUUUACAGUAAUGUGAGUAAAUAUUUAUAAAAGAUGCAAGAAUUUUUUCUUUUUCAACUAUUUGUGUAUUUUUUAUAAAUGUGUCGAAUCCAAACUAAAAUUCUUUAAACCCACUUAUAUUGUAUUUUGUGAAUUUUUAUUACAAAUCUUGUUUUCACAUUUUUAACUUACAUUGUUAACUAUUUAGUCUAUUUUGUGAAGCUUACCUUAUGAACUAAUGGUGAAUUACUAAAAUACCUUACAGUUUGUUUUUAAGACUUUUUUUUUUUUUUGGAAGUUCUGUCAUCACUUGAAUGCUUUUUUGCAAAUUUUAUGCUGUUUUCAACUGAUGUGCCUUUGUAGCAGUUAUUCAUGACUCUUAGGUUAAGUGUAGCCUAUCUUUAGCCAGUUGCCACUAUACUAACUCUGUUAAUGAAUGAGUUUGUGAAUUUGGCAAUAGGCCACAGUUUUGUGAAAAUGAAAAAUAUUUUAUUUUGUUUUAUUUAAAAAAGUUACUCUAGUGUUGCAUUAUCUGGGCUCAUAAAAAUUAUCAUCUAGGUUGAAAAAUCUCGCUUUAAUUCAGUAUUUUAAAAAUGUUUAAUAACUUGCAAAAUAUUUAAGCUAUUUUUCCCUUUUAAAGUACAUAUAAUUUUUUUAUAGCAAAUAUAUUAUCGAUAUUUUUAGCUGAGAAUUAUAGCUUUGCCUCAACCAUAAUAUACUUAAACUGUGGCUUUUUUAUUUUAUUUUUUUGAAGAUAAAGCUUUGAAAAACACUUAAUAAUUUAGUAACAAAAGAAAAAAUAAUUCUUGGGAAGUUUUAUUAUUUAUUUUGAUAAUUUUAUUUUUAAAAGUAAAUCCUAUUUUAAAUGCAUUCAGUGCCCCUUGGAGUGGAGUUUAGAGCUGAGAUUGACAGAUCAGUUUAAUAAUUAGUUACAUCAUUAGAUCUUUGAUUACUUAAUCAUUAUUUUGUUUGUUAACAACUUGCUCAGAUUGGAUGUUUAUCCUUUAUUGAAAUGUGUGUUCUAGUUAUGUUAGAAUAACUAUUUAUUCUUUUGUUAUUUUGUUGUCAUUUAAAAAAAAAAAAAGACUGUUUAUUUUUGUCUUAUAAAAUGUUCUUUGUUGAUUGAUUGUGCUUUUCCGCAUGUAAUUUGAAUAUACUAAAACAUGUCUCAAACUGUUAUAAUUCUAAUCUAUUAAUUAGCUAUAAUUUCAACUGGAUUUUCACUGCUUCCCCUGGUUACCUGAUUUGAUCAAAAAUUUCCCUGGUAUUUAUUUAUUCUUUAAAUUUUCCUUAAUAGUUGGGAAAGGUCUAAAAAAAAUCCCUGCAAAUUCUUGACUUUUAUUUUUUUUACUUUUUUCAUUGAAAACUCUCUGUUUUUAAAUUAAUUCAAUAAUGUUAACUAAAAUUAAUUUAAUGUAUUGCUGCAAAUUUAAAGUUGAAGUUUUUGAUGAAAUGUGUGUUUUACCUUUAUUUUUCUUCUUUUAGUUCACAAACAAUUUAUGACAUAGCUUUUGUUAAAAUAAUGCCAAAAACUAAUGUCAAAAUCGUAAAUCAAUCACAUAAAUUGCCUGUAUUGAAUUGUUGAUGAAAUAGUUAAAAGUCUCUAAAUUGGUUAAAUGCAUUAGUGUUACCAGUUUAAAAUUUCUUAAUCAAAUCUUGCAUACCCAAUUCUUGUAUUAAUAUGUAUUCACUUUAAGAAGAUGAAUAAAAUUUUUAUUAAUUUUUUUAAAUAAGGAAAAUGCAAAAUAUUUGACAAUUAUGUUUUCCAGAAAUUAGAUAUCUAAUUUAUGUUGUUUAUGCCAAAAGUACCCGAGUGAAGUUAAAUUUUUUCCCCCGAUGGAACAAUGUAACAUCAGAAGAAAAUGAAGUAGCAGUGAAAAGAUAGAAUGUAACUAAAACUUUAGUUUAAUGCACUGUUCUGGUAUGUAUAACCAAUAUAACAAAUUUUUUUACACAUUAAAACACAGUUUAAAAAGAAUUUUUAAUUACAUAUUUAUUUUUAUACAAAUGAAAUUUGCUUUUAAAAUUACUUUUAAAUCUAUUCUGACAUGACUAAAUUAUUAUACUGUUUUGAUACAUAAGAAAUGCAAAUGAAAUUCUAGACUAAAAUAACAUAAUUAAAGCUCAAUCAAUCAUGUGCAGUGUGAUAUUUUCAAAAAAUUCUGAGAUUAAAGCCUCCCAAUUUUUUCUUUUUGUGUUGUUCGUUUAAUUUGAAUAUUGUCUAUAAAAGUAAUACAGUCUUAUCCCGCUAUAAUGAACGCAUGGUACAGUGAACACUGUUUUGUAGUGGAAGAUUUUUAGUGAACCCGUCUGAACAAUAUGCAAUUAUUUAAAAUUACAGAAAAUUAUUUAGCUAUUGUUAUUUCAUUGCUUAAAGGGAACAGCUGAGAAAUUGGUAGUUCAUUUAUAAUAAACUCAAAUUUCCUUUUUACAGGUCUUUGAAUAUAUAAAUGCUUUCUUUGUGUCAUAAAUUCAAAAGUAUAAUAUGACUUCUAAUUAAAAAUAAAGCAAUACGCAUUAUGAAGGAAUGAUUAAAAUAAGUCAUUUUGUUAGAAUGAAUGAUGCAAGUGGUUCCAUCAAUAUGUACAUGGGAGAAAGAAUUAAACACACAAAAUUGCAACAGAUUUUAAAUGUGAGUUUUUCAAAAAUAAUUGAUAAGCAUCUGAAAAUGAAACAUGGUACGUAGCAUUUUUGAACGGUGCUUAUUUUCGUUUUUUAACAGUGCUUUUUUCAUUGGGUGUUUUUAAAAAGUGCUUAAUUUUUCCUUUUCGAAACUAAGAUUUUUUUUUUACCAUGUCGAUUUUUGCCACAUAUUAUGCAAAAGCGCGCUUUUCACAUUGUUCUAUUCGACGUUUUCACAAUUCAUUCAACCGCAAUCUAUUUUGGCAUACUGUCGGUCCAUAGCGAAUGAAAGCUCCAAUAAUUUUACAUGUUUGAUUAAAUGCUUGCGGGCUCGCAUGUGCGUCUACUGAGCUGGGUUCGGUGAGAUUAUUGCACUCUCGUGUGCAACUCUGCUGCAUUUUGCGAGAUAUUCUCAAUUUCAGGCAUUAUUUUACACCCUCUGAUAUUGAACAGAAAAAUCUCUUGAUCAUUCUAUAAUGGCUAAUUUGAUCAAGAAAAGAGUUCAUCAUCAGAAACUAGUUAUUUUAUCAUGAUCAUGUUAAAUCUUUUAAAAUUAUUUUGUUAGUGUAUAUAGUGAUUAAAAAUAUUUUUUAAGUGCUUAAAAGGUGCUUAUUUUUUGUUGAAAGAUUUGACUACGCACCCUGUGCAAGCAAUAGGUAAGCUUUUUUUUUUCUUCGAUUGAUAAGCAUCUAGAAAAUAACAAAAAUCGAAAAGAUAAUGCCUAAGAACUUCGUUGGAGGAGACUAUUUUGAAUGUUCUAAUUAAAAAUUUAGCUAUCGGAAGAAAUUCGCUAUUAGGAAACUUCAUUGUAGACUGACUCUACAUAUUUAACUAAUUAAUUUAUAAAGCAAAUGAUAUUAUAAUCAUUAUUUCCAACCAUACAACCACAAUUUAUUAUAAAAGAUUUUUGAUCUAGUGUAUGAUUGUUUGUAGUGGACUUGUAGCUGAGUUUAUAUAAACGGUUCACUAUAGCGGGGUCACACUGUGUUUGAGAUCAAAGUAUUCUGCACUGUAUAAUUUAAGGUACUUGCCAUAAAUUUAAUAAUAUCAUAUUAUUUAUUCCCUUUCAUUUUCCUUAAAAAAAAUUACCUCAUUUAAACUUGCAAAACAAUAAAUUAUUAAAAGUGGAUUGUUAAUAAUUUGUUUUUUUGCUUGUCUGCUUGUUAUUCAUUAUUUGCAGUUCAUUUUAUUUAUGUUAACAUGUAUACAACUUUCAAACAAUUGUUUGGUACCUUGUAUAAAAUAACAGCGCGUCAGUUAUGUGAAGAAUAAUAAAAAUUUUAAUGAA